GCACCAAAGGCAUCCAGUUAUAUAAUUAAAUACGAUUCAAUAUAAAUAAUCAACAAUAUAUGAUAACAAAGAAUGAAGCUUUGCUUCAUGAGAACAAAGUUCCAUCUCUCUUUUUCACGUUCAUGAAAAAAGCAAUCUGAUGCUUUUCGAUUCUUUUCCUCUUCACUCCAACUUUGUAAAGCAAUGGACAUAAAUACAACAGAGUUUCUUUGUCCAGGACGGGGAAUAAGAGAGAUGGAAGAAGAUUUCGGGUUUCUGGUUUCUAUUCUCAUCAUAUCCAUGGACAUUUCAGCUGCAGUUCUCGGGAUCGAAGCCGAGAUUGCUCAGAGCAAGGCAAAGCACUCAGGAACCUCGCAUUCCGAGUGUGGAAACCCCAGUUCUGCUGCUUUUGCAGAGGGAAUAGCAGCACUAAUUCUUCUGUGCAUUGCCCAUGCCACGGCCAACCUGCACGGCGGCUGCAUCUGCUUCCGGGCAAAGCAAGACUACAAGAAAGCAUCGGCCAACAAGAUAUUAGCCGUGGCUUUCCUCCUCCUCUCCUGGAUCACACUUGCUGUUGCCUUCUCGACGCUGAUGGUAGGGACAUUGGCCAACUCGGGAUCGAAUAAAUUCUGUGACUUGUCAAGUCGUUGGCUUUUUCUGGUCGGAGGCAUAUUUUGCCUGAAGCAUGGAAUGACAACUGCCGCAUACUAUGUCUCAGCCACCGCUGCAAAACGAGAAGAACAAAGACAAGCAGAACAAGAAAGCCAGAUCCAUGGAAGACAUGCAUAACAAACGUUAUCUUCAGACAAUGAAGCACAGAUGUUUAUACAACAGAAUCAUUGCCUCUAGUUCUAAAAGAAGAUAUUGAUGAAAUUUACUUCCAUUCCAUA